AUGAUCUCUCAGUGACUCACAUAAAGAACAAAUCAACACUGCCAGAAGAAACAUCUCUCAAACCAGACAACCACUGACCAUUAAUAUGGACCUGAAACAACGUCUUCAGAAGCUGGAGUGCUACUUCACCUGGGAUCUGGGAGACAGUAAAAAUGAACUCAAGACUUUACUGAGUAACUUGAAUGAUGUGAACCAGGAAAGAUGUAUUUGGCUGCUUCACUAUUACAACCUGCUGGGCUACAUCCAACAGACUCUCGGCUUCAACACAGAGGCGCUGAUGUACCUGCACAAAGCAGAAAGUGUGAUGCAGGAGCAGGGAACAGAAGAAGCUGCAGUCCGGCUGCAGGUCAACAAAGCUAACCUGGCUUGGGUCUACUACCGCAUGGGAGACAUGAAUAAGAGCAAAGCAUACCUAGAAGAGGUGGAGAGGCUUCAGCGAAUGCAUCCUGCUCCACCUGGAUGUGCUCUACAUCCUGAAGUCAGUGGAGAAAAGGGCUGGACGCUGGUGAAGUUCAACAAAUCCAAGAAGCAUCAGGCGAUUGAUUAUUUUAAGAUUGCUUUGAAAGCAGAACCAGAAAGGAAGGAAUGGCACAAAGGUCUUGCUAUAGCCAUGAACAAGACAUAUAAAAUUCAUAACUGCUCUCCAGAGCUUAACACAGAAGUUCUAAAGCAGCUGAAAAUUGCACAUGAGAACGAACCAAACAAUUUGCUCCUUCACGCUCUUUAUUUAGAAAAACAGUACGAGGUGCAACGAGAAGACAAUGAGAGACAGAUGCAAAAGUUACUAGACAAAGCUCUUGAAACUGGAGACCAGGAGUGUUUGGGUACUAUUUUCAGGUAUUUUGGAAAAAUUUCUGUAGAUAAAGGUAUUGAAGCAGCAGAGAGAGCUCGAGAAAAGUUCUCCACCUCAAACAGAGUGUUGAAACAUCUGGCAAAUUGCUAUAAAUGGAAGGUUUUCAAUAUGAAGGAAGACAACAUGGAAAGGAAGACACUGGCUGUAAAAUCCACUGAGCUGUUUGAGGAGGUUGUCAGACAUUAUCCUGACUCACUCAGAGAAACGGUAGGCCUUGCAUCAAUGCACAAGUACGCAGGCAACAGAAAGAGAGCAGAUGAGAUUUACCAGCAGCUCCUGUCAAAUAUAGAUGAUUUACCUCCCCACAGCCAACAGUAUAUUUACUAUAGUUAUGCCUGCCAUCUACACUACUGCAGACGGUCAGAAGAUUCAAUCAAAUUUCACAUGAAAGUGGCAGAAAUCCCAGCUAUUUCAGAGGACAAAAAAAAGAGCAUUAGGAUUCUUCAAAAAAUUGGCAUGAAUCCCAAAAAUCCUCGCUGUGACAAAAUUGGGUAUUUUCUGGAAAGUCUUCACAUUGAUGAUUAAAAUGUGCUUUAAUGCAACAACCUUUAAAAAUCAUUAUGAAUGAUCUCUCUGUUUUACCUGAUGGACAAACUUUAAUGUAGAAUUUUUGCUCUGUCAGAAAAUUAGAACUGGUUGACCUUGUUGUAAAAAUAUUUAAUAUGUCUCUCUUUUUACCUUUGUGGAAGUCUUUGCCUAUUUAAUGGCAUUGUGUGAAGGACUGAUGCCAUUUAGGCCAUUCGGCACUUAUAAACUGUAGUAUAAACGGCAGUAGUUUUCCAUCCCAUUAAAAAAAAUCACUUGUUAAAUGGAACUUGUUAAGAAAAAUGACACAAUAAAUCUUUA